CAACCACAAAAAUCUCAAGACAUUUUAUAGCCUGUGGACCUCAGCUUUUGCUAGGUGUCAAGUAUCAACCCAAUCGGAAAGCUCUUUUUAACUUGAGCAGGGAAGAACUGAUACCAGAAGUUUAGAGAACAAUCCAACAGCAGAUUCAGAAAGGCUUAAAUCUGCAAACCACUUUUUGAAAUUUCCCAUAUUGGAUCUCCUCAAGAUUGCAUAGAAAACAUUUCAGAAACCUCAUUUCUCUCUCCUACUUUCUUGGUUGAGAGGAAAUGGGCACAUUUGUAUACAGCAGCAGUUGCCUUUCUUGGAAAAACAAUCUGAGCAGACAGGUGAUUUCAUCUCACCAAGUAGUUCCUCAUGGUGUCACAGAAAAAGGGUGUUCAAGAAUUAAGGCUGCUGCUUGUUCUAAAGAAGAUGUGCAUGUGAACCAGGAUUGUGAAAAAUUUGCAGGCUCAUGGAAUAGGAGGUCAACUCUUGUAUCUGGAGUCUCUUUGAUUUCAUCAGUCCUGCUUGGUUUUCCUGGAGAGGGAUAUGCUGUGGUGAAACAAGGCCUCCUAGCAGGGAGAGUUCCUGGACUUUCUGAACCAGAUGAAGAAGGCAGGUUGGAGGACAUAUCGAAGACCGGAUGACAAGUCAGGUGGACAUGGUGUUGGAUGGAGUCCUAUCAUUCCUUAUGCUUUUUCAGUGCCUGAUAAUUGGGAAGAGGUCCCUGUGUCAAUUGCUGAUCUAGGUGGUACAGAGAUUGAUUUGAGGUUUGCGAACCCCAAAGAAGGGCGUAUCUCUGUAGUUGUGGCUCCUGUUAAAAGAUUUUCAGAUGAAAUUGGUGAAGAAGCCACCAUAGAACAAAUUGGACCUCCAGAUAAAGUGAUCAGCGCUUUUGGGCCUGAAGUCAUUGGAGAGAGUGUGGAAGGUAAAGUCUUAAGAGCUGAAGUAGCAGAGCAUUCAGGAAGAAAAUAUUACCAGUUCGAAUUAGAGCCACCACACGUAAUGAUCACAGCAACAGCCGCCGGAAAUCGCCUAUACUUGUUCAAUGUCACUGGAAAUGGUCUUCAAUGGAAAAAGUAUUACAAAGAUUUGAGAAAGAUUGCUGAGUCUUUCAGGGUUGUCUGAUUGGCACAUCGACUCCAUGUGUGAUAGUACCUUAGCAAAAGUGGAAUACAAAAGGAAGAAGAGUUGGUGGCUACAAUCAUAUAAAUAUUUAGAAGCAGCCACUUUACUUCUAGCAUUAUAUACAGUUCAAUAUAUUAGAGGAGCAUCUCCUCGAGAUUGAGUUUUGUAACAAUUUUUUGCUAGCAAUGAUUAUAGUAAACUUCUACAUGUUGCAAGUUUCAGAAGGCACCUCUUUUGGAUUAAUUUUACA